UUAACUAUCCUGGGACCAAAGUCAGCAGUUCCAACUUUAGCAGCAUUAAGGAUGCAACGCUGGGCUCUCAUUCUUAUGGCAUACAGUUAUGAUAUUGAGUACAGAAGAUCAGCUGAUCAUGCCAAUGCUGAUGCUUUGUCUCGCCUACCCAGUGCCUCAUUCGACAACACAGGAGAAGAGGGAGGUAUUUUCUACUUCUCACAUGUGGAAGAACUACCAGUGGAUGCAAGAGACAUAGAGAGAGCCACUUUAAAAGAUCCUACACUGAACAAAGUGUGGAGCUACACAAUGAAUGGAUGGCCAAGUCAUGUUCAGGCGGAAGCACUGCGGCCUUAUUUCAUACGCAGGCAGGAGUUGUCAGUGGAACAAGGUUGCGUUCUUUGGGGCCAGCGAGUCAUUAUACCCCCAGGCUAUCGACAGCGCUUGCUGGAAGACCUGCAUCAUGUGCACCCAGGUAUAUGCCGCAUGAAAGCUCUCGCUCGCAGUUACAUGUGGUGGCCUGGCUGCGAUGGGGAAAUUGAAGAGCUCAUGAAAAGUUGCUCUAUCUGUCAAGCUGUUCAGAAAAUGCCAGCAGUUGCACCGCUGCACCACUGGAGAUGGCCAGAAAGAGUGUGGCGGAGAAUUCAUAUUGAUUUUGCUGAAAAGGACAAGCAGUAUUUUCUGGUGGUCAUCGAUAGUCAUUCAAAGUGGUUAGAAGUUUUUCCUAUGUCUUCUACCACCUCUCACAACACCAUUGAAGUGCUCCGAAGCCUGUUCUCUGCAUAUGGACUGCCAGAAGAGCUGGUAUCAGAUAAUGGUCCACAGCUGGUGUCGAGGGAGUUUACACAGUUUCUAGAGAGAAACGGUAUCAAACACACUGCGGUUCCUGCAUAUCAUCCUGCAUCGAAUGGAGCUGCAGAGAGGUCAGUGCAGAUUUUGAAACGUGCACUUACAAAGGAUGUGUUGGAAGUGGAGAAAAAGGGUUCCUUGUCACUCAGUCAUAGACUUGCAAAUUUCCUGCUCAUGUACCGCAGUACACCCCACACAGUGACGGGACGGACACCAGCUGAGUUAUUUCUGAAACGCCAAAUACGAAGCCGUUUCAGUUUGCUAAGGCCAACGCUUGCCAGACGGAUUAAAGAAAAACAAGCCACUCAGAAACUUCAUCAUGAUUGUGGUGGCUCAUCUCUUCGCUUCUUUCAGGAAGGGGAAGCGGUCCGCGUCCGAAAUUUCAGGGAAGGAGUGGAAAAAUGGAAUCAGGCAAAAGUACUAAAAAGACUGGGAGCUGUCACAUAUGUGGUACAAGAUGGUCAGAGGCAGCGCACAGUGCAUGUUGACCACAUGUUGCCGUAGCGAGGGAAUGUGGUGACACUUCCACAAAGCUUGCCCUCACCAGUGGUCGAAAAUGAGCCGCCAGUAACUAUGGACUGUGUUUGUCCAACUGUUUUGCCCAGUGCACCUGUGACGCAAAUACCACCUCCUGUUCUCAAUAAACCCACUGAACAAGUUGUCGAAGAGUCCUCUCCCACAGUAAAUAAAAGCUCUCCUGAGAAAUGGCGGUACCCAGAGAGGGUCCGUGUACCACCUAAAAGACUGGAUCUAUAACUGGCAGAACCUUUGUGGGUAAAUGUAAAUCUGCAGUGCGCAUAAGCUGCCAAGAGACAUUUUGCUUUGUGAAAAUAAGAGUUAAUAUUUUGCUAUAGUUUAGAUUUAAUUGGGCAAGUGAUUUAUUUUGGUUGUGAGAUUGAAAUGCACAGUUUGUUGUUUAUUAUUUUAAACUACAGAAAGAAAAUGUUCUUGUUUAAAACUAAAAGGGGAGGAAUGUAAUAGAUUGUGUAUUGAUAGGCUAAGACUGCCACCUUGUGGAUCAUUAUUGUAAAGGACGUUGUUAUGUUAAGUUUGUGAGAAAAACCUUAUUGAGCCUUUCCAGCACCUGUAGUGUGAGUCUGUUAAGUAAGAGAGUAAAGACGUGUUUAAGUCGUUCUGCACAGCCUCUUUAUUUGUUCCACUCAAUAUACUACAAUGUUGUCUCUAAGUGUUGAGUAAAGACUCUGAAAGCUAUACUGUGGUCCGCUUUUCCUUUACUAAUUACAAGGAUAUUACACAAGCAAACUACUACAUCUACACAACCGAAAACGUGCCAUUUCUAAUUCUGAUUUCAAACAGUUGUUUAUGUUGUUAUUCACUUUGUACUGGAAAGGCUUCUCACUAGUGAAUGAGACAUGACUAUGGAUGGCCAUCUGAAUGGAGGGUGGAUCGUGAUUUUAGUCCUAGUAGGCUAAAGUUCGUUUUUUUUUUAAAUCAGAUACCCACCUAUUUUUAGUCAUAAGCUUUAUUUAUAGGACCUAAAUGUAUAGUCAGGUUAACUUAUUCUCCCUUAUACAUGGCUAUAUACAAAUACAGUAGCAAAAGUUUUUUUUUCUAUCAGGUAGGUUAUUUUCUCAUUUUUAUCACAUUACUUACGUUUUAAGAUUAUAUGUUUUUUUAAGGAAUUAAAGAAAUUAUUUUAAACUAUUCCCUCUUGAAUAUGCAAAUGAAAUGUGCAGUUGAAGUUUAAAACCUUUAUUUUCAUAUACCUGUACAAUGACUUUCUUCCUUUUUUAUUACCACAUUACAUUCAACUGUGAUCGUCAUAAUAAUGAGGUAGACGGAAACCUGUU